CGCAGCUGCGGAGCUCGGCUGCCCCGUCCGCCGGGCCGGCGCUCGGCCAUGGAGCCGGGCCCCGGCGCCGAGGAGGCGCGCGGCGUGCGCGAGGCGCUGGGCCGCUACGAGGCGGCGCUGGAGGGCGCGGUGCGCGCGCUGCACGACGACAUGCAGGGGCUGCAGCGCGGCGUGGAGCGGCGCGUGGCCGAGGCGCUGCGCCUGGCGGGCCCGCUGGCGCGCACGGUGGCCGAGCUGCAGCGCGACAACCAGCGGCUGCAGGCGCAGCUCGAGCGCCUGACGCGGCAGGUGGAGGCGCUGGGCGUGGCGACCGGGCCGACCCCCGCGCCCGGCGGCCCCGGCGGCCCCGGCCGCGCGCCCCGCCUGGGCACCGCGCGCUUCGCCAGCCACGCCACCUUCUCGCUGUCGCGCGGCCAGAGUGUGGACCGCCAGGACGAAGCCAGCGAGGUGGACACGAGAAAGGCCUCAGACUCGUGCAUCGUGGAGAACGGGCACCAGCCCGGGGCAGGUCUCGGUGACGGACCCCUUGAGGCAGCCCGAACCGCCCCGGCACCGGAGCCCCCCAGGCCUCGCCCCAGGAGCCUCUCCUUGCAGCUGCCUCACCAGCCGGUCACGGCCGUCACUCGGGUCUCAGAGAGGUUUUCGGGGGAGACCACCUCAGCCGCGGCUCUCUCGCCCACGUCUGCCACCAUCCUGGGGGGGCCCAGCCCGAGCCCCAGCGAGGCCACCACACCCUGGACUCCAGGCCCCAGCGAGAGGAGCCUUUCCGCCCCGCGGUCGAGCUCCAGCUAUGGGGCGGCGUCGGCCGUCAGGAGCGACAGCCCACCCCCGGCGACGCCCCGGUCCCCGCCAGCCAGCGCCCAGGCCCGGCGCCGGGAGCUGGUCAGGUCGCAGACGCUGCCUCGCACGUCGGGGGCGCAGGCCCGGAAGGCCUUGUUUGAGAAGUGGGAGCGGGACACGGGGGGCAGCAGCGGGAAGGGCGAGGUGCGGGCCAAGCUGAAGCGGUCACAGAGCUUCGGCGUGGCGAGCGCCAGCAGCAUCAAGCAGCUUCUGCUGGAGUGGUGCCGGCAGAAGACCCUUGGCUACCAGCACGUGGACCUGCAGAACUUCUCGUCCAGCUGGAGCGACGGCAUGGCCUUCUGCGCCCUGGUGCACUCCUUCUUCCCCGACGCCUUCGACUACAGCGCCCUGAGCCCCGCGCAGCGGCAGAAGAACUUCGAGCUGGCCUUCAGCAUGGCCGAGAACCUGGCCAACUGCGAGCGCCUCAUCGAGGUGGAGGACAUGAUGGUCAUGGGCCACAAGCCGGACCCCAUGUGCGUCUUCACCUACGUCCAGUCGCUGUACAACCACCUGCGCCGCUUUGAAUGAAGCCCGUGGGGGCUGGAGGCCGGGGCACCAGCCCAGAGGGCCGUUGUGGGGCGCCGGUGCCCCGGAGUCGGGGCGACCCCACCGGAGUGGAGGGCGCCCCCGCCGCCGUGUUGCCGAUGCGCCCCCCGCGCGCAGGGUCUCCGGGGCCGAGGGAGCGCGCUCGGUGCUACGUCGUUAUCUCCCUUCAAAUAAAAGUCUUGUCUGUGGAUUCUGGAAUCUGAGAUCCCUUUUCCCGCGGGCGAAUUUGAUACAUUGGCUUCACGGGUUACACUGGUUACCGAGUGUGUUCUCAAAAUACCCAGAGUUGUUGGUUGUUUUUUGUUUUUUGUUUUUUUUUACUUCCCCCCCUUAUCUUGGCUUCCUUUCCACCGUCCCUGGGCCUCUGCCGGGGAGCAGGGAGGGCGCCCCAGCCCUGCCUGACAGUCUCCCCGGGUCCUGGGCAGCAGACGACCUUCAAGUCACCUUGACUGGGCGGUGGGAAGGCUGUCGCCUGGUCCCAAAGCGCCCUGUCCUUGGGGGGAGGGGGGGCACGAGUGGUUGGCUGAUAGGCUCUAGGGGAAGUGAACACUUGGGGAAGGGCGAGGCCCUUUGUGCAUAGAGGUAGUUUUUAUUCACAUCUUUUUUAGGGGAUUUGCUGGAGAUAUUUAUGAAAAGUAACUGCGUCUGUACCAUUGCCCAUUUGUACAUAAAAAGAUGUGUCAAACUUC